AUGUUCUCCGGCUCUGGCUUCCCCCGCUGGGACCGCAAAACCGCAGAACGCUCCAGUGGCAGCUCUUAUGAAAUCCCCUUCUUCCUCAACGCAGCAUACUAUCCGAAUUGGCGCAUAUAUCGCAAGCAGCCGCCCUCGUCGCUCAGAUUGGGAUUCAUCUCUCACAUCUUCUACGCGUUUGCCUGGGUCAAAGAAGACGGCACGGUUUAUUUGAGCGAUGAGUGGGCAGACACGCAGAUGCCCGUGGAUGGCACAACGGGUUGCCUCCGGGCAUUCGCACAGCUCAAGCCGCAGUAUUCCCAGAUGAAGCUCAUCCUCUCGAUCGGAGGCGGGGGUAAAGGCAGCGAGAACUUCGCAGCAGUGGCUCGGAGCCAAUCUCGUACAGAAACGUUCGCUCAGUCUGCUCGGCAAUUGGUGGACGAAUUCGGUCUCGAUGGAAUCGACGUGGACUGGGAGCACCCGUCAGAUUCGCAGCAAGGACAGGACUACGUCCGUCUCCUCGCCCGGCUGCGGGAUUACCUCCCGUCGCCUUAUGUAGUGGCAACCUGCCUCCCAGCGGGCCAAUGGGCGCUGCAACAUAUCGAUCUCGAUAAGGCCCAGAAUUAUGUCGACUUGAUCAACAUAAUGGGGUACGACUUUGCGGGACCCUGGGGUGGGCAGACAGGCCACCACGCCCAGCUGUAUAGCCCUUCACAUGCAACGUCCGCAACAUCGUGCCACUCCGCCGUGUCAUAUAUCCUCGCCCAAGGCGUGCAUCCAAAGAAACUCCUCCUCGGGAUCCCCACAUACGGCCGGUCCUUCCUCGGCUGCGACGGGAUCGGGCAACCGUACGAGGGCUGUGGUGGUGAGGACGGCGUCUUCGAUUAUAGCGAGCUCCCGCGCCCCGAGGCAACGGAGUAUCAUGACGAAGAGGUUGGAGCAGCGUACUGUGUCGGUGGGGACGGCGGGUUCGUGACAUAUGACACGCCGCAGACGGUAGAGCAGAAGGCGAAAUUCGUGACGCGGGAACAGCUGGGUGGGCUAUUUUAUUGGCAUAUCGGUGGGGACGCAAGAGGACCGCGCAGCCUCAUUGAGACGGGAUAUAAUACACUGCAUGAUAUGUAG